AUGUCCGAUCACGAAGACGACAACAGCCAUGCAGGCUAUCAUGACACUGAUCAUCAGUCCGCAUAUGUUUACAUACCAUCAAAUGCUGUCGCAAAUGAGCCUACGCGACCGUCCAAAAGGCGCAAAAUAGGAAAGCAGAAAAGCUCAGAUGAGCAGCCAGGAGACCCUACUACCUUAGAAUUCGAUGCUCUACUCAAUGGGAAAGAAACCUCGGAAUGGAUACAGCGACGACAUGAGCUUUACGUACGAGCUUGGUCUCACACAGAAUCGCAGAUUCAAUCUAUCCUGGAUGAAGCAAACGAGGACACUCUUCAAGAUGUCACUAAAUUUGUGCAAGAAUCAAGCCAGGAAAGAUUUGACCAGACAGAAACAAUUCCUUCUGGCUUCAUCAUCACUGGCCCCAACAUUGCGUCUCAAGGCCUACUCUUUGACCAGUUGUCUGCUCGUCUGAGAGCUGAAAUACAUGGACCGGCAGUUAUCUUACGCUCAGGGGAUGCUCCAAACUUGAAAGCCGUGUUGAAAAGAGUCAUUCGAGACGCUACUAAUCAAAAGAACAACUUAGAAGACGAUGAUGAAAUCAGCUCGGGUCUUGGUGGGCGAAAACUGCUUAACUACGACCUCGAAGUACUUCAUACGUUUGUACGAGCUCAAGGAAGUCAAGCAGUUAUUGUGGCAUUUCAAGACAGUGAAGCAUUUGAUACAAGCUUGAUUACAGAUCUAAUAGCUCUGUUCAGUUCCUGGAGUGAUCGCAUACCCUUCGUUCUUCUGUUCGGUAUUGCCACCUCGCUGGAUCUCUUCCAAGAAAGACUGCCAAGAAUAGCAAGCAAGUCACUUCGUGGAACGCAAUUCGACGUGGAGCAGACCAGUUCACUAGUAGAGAGGAUGUUUAAGAAGAUUCUUGCAGGCGGCAACGCUCCAUUGCGUCUCAGCCCUUCGCUCGUAGCCAGCCUGGUCGAAAGACAACAAGAGCAUGCCCAGAGCGUACAGUCUUUCACAGCUGCUCUCAAGUACUCCUAUAUGUGCCAUUUCUUUGCAGAUGCGCUGAGCAUUCUGACUCCUGUCUUAGGUGCCUCACCGUCUCUCGAUCAUUUGCAGCCUGAGCAUUACGAGGCUGUGCGUAUGCUUCCAUCUUUCAAAUCUCAUAUCAAGAGUCUAGUGGAGACACAAGAUCUUGAUCGCGUUGUGGAUUUGCUAGAGGACGACACCAUCCUCCUUGAUGAGCUUGAAGCAUGUCUCUCGAACAAGCCAGUCUUACAUCUCCUUCGAACUAUGAGCGUAAUAUCAAUAUCAUUACCCGAUCCGGUCUCAAGCAUUGAUCUGUACAUGGCAACCUUCGACGGAACUCUUAGAGACUCGGACUUUGUGGAUCGGAUUCUUGAGUCAACCAAGCGAAUGGCUCCUGAUGAACUGGUGUCAUUCCUGCAGAGAAUCUGUGGUGUUGUCCAGGAUGGGAGCUCAGAGAUGGACUUAGAUGGUUGGGCCGAUGAGGACGAAGAAUUUCUCGCAGAAAUCAUUAGUUUCCAAUCGCAAGCAUCGGACUUGGCUAAUGAAGCUUCGAAGACGGGAAAACCCAUUCGCAGUAGCUAUGCAAUCAGAAGCCAGGGUUUACGAACGACAGUGAUUGCACAGAGAGUUCAAUUAAGCUACGAAGACUCGACACUUUCUCAGCAAGAUAAGCAAUAUACAACUCUUGUCGACAAGUUAAAUGAUCGGUUGAAGAACUACUUUGAUAUUGGGAGUCCUCAGGAGAUCUUCCUUCAUGAAGUCUGGCUUUACGAUUCCAUGUUACCAUAUCGUGAGGUCUUCACCCCAAAGCCGCGCGCAACGAUCGAGCGUGCGCUCUCUGCGCCAUACGACUAUUUGAAGUGCGAAUGCUGUGAAUCAGUAGAAGGCUUGUCGUCCACCCAUCCUGCGACUGCGAUCCUUUACCAGAUGUAUCUCGAGACCUGCUCUCUCAUCAACGUCUUCGAUUUAUGGUCAGCAUUUUUUGAAAUGGUCAGUGGAGGCGACGAGCAAAAGAUGGAGGAGAGAGAUGCCCUCGUAUUAUUCUACAGCGCUUUAGCAGACUUGAAGUCGUUAGGUAUGAUCAAACCGAGCAAGAAGAAGGCAGAUCACUUGGCAAAGACGACAUGGAAAGGACUUUGA